AUCCCCUCCCAGGUCGCAGCCGUCAGUGACAGCCGGGCGCCCACGGCCCGAGCGUCCCCGGAGGCACCAUGCCCGCGCUGCUGGAGCGCCCCAAGCUCUCCAACGCCAUGGCCAGAGCGCUGCACCGGCACAUCAUGAUGGAGCGGGAGCGCAAACGACAGGAGGAAGAAGAGGUGGACAAGAUGAUGGAACAGAAGAUGAAGGAAGAGCAAGAGAGGAGGAAGAAAAAGGAGAUGGAAGAGAGAAUGUCACUAGAGGAAACUAAGGAACAAAUUCUCAAGUUGCAGGAGAAGCUUUUGGCCCUUCAGGAGGAGAAGCAUCAGCUCUUCCUACAACUCAAGAAAGUCUUACAUGAGGAGGAAAAACGGAGGCGGAAAGAGCAGAGUGAUCUGACCACCCUGACAUCAGCUGCCUACCAGCAGAGCCUGACUGUUCACACAGGAACACACCUCCUAAGCAUGCAGGGAAGCCCUGGAGGACACAGUCGCCCUGGAACCCUCAUGGCAGCUGACAGAGCUAAACAGAUGUUUGGACCUCAAGUGCUAACUACACGGCACUACGUGGGCUCAGCAGCAGCUUUUCCUGGGACUCCCGAGCACGGGCAAUUCCAAGGCAGCCCAGGAAGUGCCUAUGGCACUGCUCAGCCACCACCUCACUACGGGCCCACACAACCAGCCUAUAGUCCUAGUCAACAGCUCAGAGCACCUUCAGCCUUUCCGGCAGUGCAGUACCUGUCUCAGCCACAGCCACAGCCCUAUCCCGUGCACAGCCACUUUCAGCCCACCCAGACAGGGUUUCUCCAGCCUGGCAGUGCCUUAUCCUUGCAAAAGCAGAUGGAACAUGCUAACCAGCAGACUGGGUUCUCUGACUCAUCCUCCUUGCGCCCCAUGCACCCCCAAGCUCUGCAUCCAGCCCCAGGACUCCUCGCCUCCCCUCAGCUCCCUGUGCAAAUGCAGCCAGCAGGAAAGUCGGGCUUUGCCGCUACCAGCCAGCCUGGCCCUCGACUUCCUUUCAUCCAGCACAGCCAGAACCCACGUUUCUACCACAAGUGACAUCAGAUUUUAUCAUCAACCUCCACCACGGGUGAGGGUUCCUUAUCUGUGUGUCCCAGACCAAUAAAAUCUGCCACUG